AUGGUGCGUAAAUAUUUGAGGAAAUCUACUAGAGCAAACCAAUAUACAAAAGAUGACCUCACUCUAGCGAAAAAUGCAAUCUCUUCAAAAUUAUUGACAAUAAAAGCAGCUUCACUUUUGUACAACAUACCAUGUCCUACUUUAUACAAUCAUGUAAGUGGAUUUCGUGGACAAAAGUCUACAACAUUUGGACGCCCUACGGCAUUGGAUUACUAA